CUCCAGGGGGCGCUGCGGCGGCGGCCGCGCUCGGCGGUGCCGCGCUGGCCGAGGGGGCGGUGCGGGCGCCGGGCCCGGCAUGGAGGCCAGGAUGAACCUGCCGCGGGGCCCCGAGAACCUCUGCUUCGACAAGGACGAGUUCAUGAAGGCGGAUUUUGAUGUUGAUCACUUUGUGUCAGACUGCAGGAAACGUGUGCAGUUGGAAGAGCUCAGAGAGGAUCUGGAGCUCUAUUACAAACUCCUUAAAACUGCUAUGGUAGAACUCAUAAAUAAGGACUAUGCAGAUUUUGUUAAUCUCUCAACAAAUCUAGUUGGCAUGGACAAGGCUCUCAAUCAACUUUCAGUACCCUUGGGACAGUUAAGGGAAGAAGUUAUGAGUCUUAAGUCAUGUGUCAGUGAAGGAAUUCAAGCAGUAGAUGACCGAAUGACUAAACAAGAAGACAUUAGAAGAAAAAAGAUGUGUGUCCUGAGACUUAUUCAUGUUAUUCAGUCUGUUGAGAAAAUUGAGAAGAUUCUACAUUCCCAAGGCACUAAAGAAUUGUCCUCAUUAGAGGGAAACAGUCCACUUCUAACUGGACAAGUUUUAGAGAGAAUUGCCACAGAAUUUAAUCAACUACAAUUUCAUGCAGUACAAAGCAAAGGAAUGCCCCUUUUAGACAAAGUGAGACCUCGUAUAGCUGGAAUAACAGCCAUGUUGCAGCAGUCUCUGGAAGGGCUGCUCUUGGAAGGUCUUCAAACGUCAAAUGUUGACAUAAUACGCCACUGUCUACGCACUUACGCAACAAUUGACAAAACACGAGAUGCAGAGGCAUUAGUUGGCCAAGUGCUUGUAAAACCUUAUGUAGAUGAGGUGAUGGUGGAGCAGUAUGUGCAAUCCCACCCUAAUGGCCUCCAGGCUAUGUACAAUAGGCUGUUGGAGUUUGUUCCUCAUCAUUGCCGCCUCCUGCGGGAAGUAACAGGGGGAGCAAUUUCCAGUGAAAAAGCAGAUAUUGUUCCUGGAUACGAUUUUUUAGUGAAUUCGGUGUGGCCAGAAAUAGUACGCGGUUUGGAAGAGAAAUUACCAUCACUUUUUAACCCUGGAAACCCAGAUGUGUUUCAUGAGAAAUACACCACCAGUAUGGAUUUUGUACGGAAAUUUGAACGGCAGUGUGGCUCCCAGGCCAGCGUGAAGCGGUUAAGAGCUCAUCCCUCUUACCACAGCUUUAACAACAAAUGGAAUUUGCCUGUGUAUUUUCAAAUAAGAUUCAGAGAAAUAGCAGGGGCCUUGGAAGAAGCACUUUCAGAUACUCUAGAGGAAGCACCAGCUGGGAGCUCGUUCUGUCUCUUGGCCACUCACAUGGUCUGGACGAGUCUUGUGAAGUGCUGGUCAGAUCAGAUGUUUUUGCCGCUGUUAGCACACCGCCUGUGGAAACUCAGCCUGCAGAUCUUGGCGCGCUACUCCGUGUUCAUCAGCGAGGUUUCUGUAAGGCCCAUUUCCAGUGAAAAUACAAAAGAAGGCAAAAAACCUGUGCCAGUUGGUAGAAAGGAAUCUUCUUUAAGCCUCAACCCCAGUGAGGACCAAGGAAAUGGAGCUUCUCCAGAAAGUCUGCCAGUGUCUUCUAUAUCCAGUACUCAGCUGAUAUAUGUUGCUGCAGAUCUGGACAAACUGCAGGAUCGGAUUCCUGACAUCUUAGACAUGAUUAAACCAAAGCUUGAAAUGAUUGGCUUCAAGAAUAUAUCUUGCAUUGCAGGAGCCUUGGAAGAUUCAAAGACUUCUCUAUCAGCCUGUGUGCCUACCUUGAAUAACAGGAUUAUCCAGGAUCUUAGUGAGUCCUCCUUUGCAUACCUGAAGAGUGCACUGGAAAUUCCAAGAUUAUAUAGGAGAACCAACAAGGAGGUGCCAACUAAAGCUUCACCUUAUGUUGACAGUGCUCUUAAGCCCUUCUACCGACUGCAGAAUGAGUGCAGAGAUACCUUGAAGCAGCCCAUGAUUCAUCAGUGGUUGGAAGGUGCUCUCUCUGAAAGCACACAAAAGUAUUAUGAAACUGUAUCUGAUGUGCUCAGUUCUGUUAAGAAAAUGGAAGAGAGUCUAAAAAGGUUGAAGCAAGCAAGAAGAACUGCAACUUCAAACCCUGUUGGUACAAAUGGGGGCAUGAGUGAUGAUAACAAAAUCCGACUCCAGCUGGCCUUAGACAUUGAGUAUUUUGGAGAACAAGUAAGUUACAACAAACGAGUUGUUGUUAUUAUUAUUAUUAUUAGUUUUGGAAGGGAGAUGGAAAAGGAAAGGGAGCCUUGACUCCAGUUUUGGUCUUGAAAGCUUUGCUGGUAUAGGUUUGGGUUUUUGUUUUGUGUUUUCACAUUUGUAUAAAGGAGAUGAUUUCAGACCUUGGUGAUUAUAGAUGCCACUUCAGCAGUGCAUACUUUCCUAUCCUUUCUUGUACAAAUGCAAAGCUUAUAUUUCUUACUCCUUAAAAUUCAAGUACUGCUCAGUGCUGGGAAGCAUUAACAAGAAACACUGUCUUUACAGAUGAGACUUAGGUCUGAUAGAAACUUCUUAAUGGCCCUUCUUUUGUUUGUAUUCUGUCGGGGUGUUUCCAGCCUUGACUUUCUUCAUGGUCAGGGUCUGUUCCCAAGAGCUGUGAGGAUGUCAGCCUGAUUUGUUGUGCUGCAUAAGUGCUUCUCAGUGCCAAAUACAAAAUCUUAAAUAGCAAAACAUAGAAGAAAAUAUUCCAAGAAACGUACAAUAAAUUGUAUAAACAUACUGUUUCGUACUCCUUUAUUUCUAAAAAUCAUAUCUAUUCCAACUAUGAUAUUCUAUCAUAGCUAUUCCAGCUACGAGUGUAUAUCAUUAGUUGCCAAGGAAUUGUCUGAUCUUGUUUAUGAGCAGAUGCUGUUGAUGCAUUCUAACAGGUAGAUUAAGUCUGCUUGUGUGUGAGCAGCUGCUUUUCUCAGAUAUGAGACUGUAGCCAUGAUAUUUUAUGAAAAC